CAAGAUUGGGAGGCCGGGCAGGAGGAGCCAGCUCCCGAUCCACUCCCUAUUCCAAGUUCACUCUGCCAGGUAUCUUCCCGGGCGCCAUGGCCUCAGAGGGGCACAGCAAGAAGGAGACCCUGGCCCUUCGAAGGCAGCUUAUCGGCUCUUCCUGCAGGCUUUUUUUUCCUGAGGACCCUGUGAAGAUCGUGCGAGGCCGAGGCCAGUACAUGUAUGAUGAGAAGGGAGUGGAGUACAUUGACUGCAUCAACAACGUGGCUCACGUCGGGCACUGCCACCCUUACGUGGUCCAAGCUGCGCAUCAACAAAACCAAGUGUUAAACACCAACAGCCGCUUCCUGCAUGACAACAUAGUGGAUUACGCUCAGAGGCUGUCCCAAACGCUGCCCAAGGAGCUCUGUGUGUUCUACUUCCUGAACUCUGGGUCUGAAGCCAAUGACCUGGCCCUGAGGCUGGCUCGUCGGUAUACUGGACAUCGAGAUGUGGUGGUAGUGGACCAUGCUUACCAUGGGCAUCUGAGCUCUCUGACUGACAUAAGCCCUUACAAGUUCCGGAGUCUGGAAGGACAGCCAGAGUGGGUACACGUGGUCCCUCUCCCAGACACCUUCCGGGGGCCCUACCGAGAAGACCACCCAGAGCCAGCCAGUGUAUACGCAGCAGAGGUGAAGCAGGUGAUUGACAGUGCACAGGAGAAGGGCAGGAAGAUAGCGGCCUUUUUUAUCGAGUCUUUGCCCAGCGUGGGAGGCCAGAUCAUUCCCCCGGCUGGCUAUUUCCAGAAGGCAGCAGAACACAUCCGAAGGGCCGGAGGUGUUUUUGUGGCUGACGAAAUUCAAGUUGGCUUUGGCCGAGUCGGCAAGUACUUCUGGGCCUUUCAGCUGCAGGGGGAGGAUUUUGUCCCCGACAUCGUCACCAUGGGCAAGUCCAUCGGCAAUGGCCACCCCAUCGCUUGCGUGGCCACGACCCGGGACAUUGCUGAAGCCUUUGCAGGCACUGGCGUUGAGUAUUUCAACACGUUUGCGGGAAGUCCUGUUUCCUGUGCAGUGGGUUUGGCGGUCCUGGACGUUCUAGAAAAGGAGCACCUCCAGGCCCAUGCUGCCCAUGUGGGAGACUUCCUCAUGGGGCUGCUGAACCAGCAGAAGGCCAAGCAUCCUAUCAUUGGUGAUGUCAGGGGUGCUGGAUUGUUCAUUGGUGUAGAUCUAAUCAAAGAUGAGGCAACAAGGACACCAGCCACAGAGGAAGCUGACUAUUUGGUUUCUAGGUUAAAAGAUGCCUGUAUUUUGUUGAGCACUGAUGGACCCGGAAGAAAUGUCCUGAAAUUUAAGCCUCCAAUGUGCUUCAACAUGGACAAUGCCAGAAUAGUUGUGAACACACUUGACACAAUUUUAACAGAAAUGGAGGAGAAGAUGAGAAGCUGUGAAACCCUUCAAUGUCCCCAGUGACCUGGCAACCCUGGGUGAGUGUGGUUCUUUUGAGACUCAACUCUUGUGGCUUUCAUCCUAGCAGAUCAUUUACUGAGGCCCCUCACUGCACUUUAGAGCUGCCCUCAUAAUUCUAAAACACCUUUUAGCCCACACAAAAGAGCUGACAAGGGCUACUAUUUUGUACACCCCCCCCCCUUAGGGUUAGGGAUCUGUGUCCUACACCUACUGAAAAAUUUCUUAUCUAGCAGGCAUUUGUGAAUACUUUAUUAAGUCUGAGCAACAUCUGGGAUGGAGUCCCUACCACUCCCAUUUGUAAAUAUUCAUUCGGGCCCCACUUGUUGUCUUCCUUGCCUAUCAUGGUUAUAGGAAUGGGGGGGAGUGGAGGGCAUGCCCUGCCAGGAAGUGGGGCAAUGCACAAACAUCCCACGUACAUGAAAGUAGUUAGGGUUCCAAUCAACUUCAUCUAAAGCCUAGGAACAGAAAUCAAAGUGGCUCUCUGGCCAAAACUGGGCAGUGUUAUGUUAAUGUGUUAUGACUAAGUGGAGACCAACAGUGCCCUGUGGUCACCCUGAUGGGAAGACCUAGGACUUCUGUCCCAACCAAGACUGGAUCAAAUCCUGAAGCAGUACAGUUUCUGCUGUUUUCAUGAAAACAGGAAAAUCUGUUUGAAUUUAAGAAUGGAAGAGGACUGUGGAUUAGAUAAGGUCAUCUAGUCCAACCCCCUAUUUUUAUAGAUGACAACAUUAAGAUUGUCUAGAACCCUCCCCAAGGUGUUACUGGCAAAGUCUUCCAUUUGACCCUAAGCCAAUAGCAAUCUUUCUUCUGGCUAGCUUUCUCUACUUCCACCUUGAACUACAUUACCUAUAGCUACAUAGAUAAAUCAUUGUCUCUCCAACCUCAGGAAGCAUCUGGCUGUUCAAGGGAUGGUUUCACUUGAUGUAUUAAUGUUUUCAUUAAAAGGGUCUAUCUGAAUAAAGCUAUAGGAUAAACUUGCCAAGUGAAGUGAGUGAUAAAAGUUCACCAGUCCAAAUAAAGGGAAUAAGUUAAGUCUUAUUACUGGCCAAUCAUUUGAAAGCCACCUUUUUGCCCUGACCUUGUCCCUUUUUACUUUUAGGUUCAAAAAGACUAUUCUGAAAGGUGAAGAGGGGAGCCCUGACAGCCAAGAUAAGAAGAAAUUUAAACUCAACCCAUUCACAAUUUACCUUGUAACGUGGAUUGGACCUGUUAAAAACCAAAGUGUUUGUUUCUAUACACUGGAAGGCAGAGGGAGCUAGUGAGACCCAUACUUCCGAAUGUCCCAUACAAACAUUUUUAGGUAUACAUAACCACACUCUAUUAAAGUCAGACGCUGGGUCAAAGUGGUUAGAAAAUGUCCCAUUAAGGUCAGAAAAGAAAAUAAUAGGGAAGAUGAAAAUAUAACAAUGGUUUCUACGAUUUGCCUUAGGGCAAACAACUUAACUCUGCUCUGGUCUUACACUAAGCUUGAAGACCUAAAUGUCUUCCUCAAUGGAAUGUUUUGAAAAUGUCCAAAUUUGCUUCCAACAAUUGAAACUACCAUGAAAUGCCUAUAUAUAUUUUUUAAUUUUUUAAAAAAAAAUUAAAACAUGUCAUUUAUCUGUUCAA